CAAGUAAACAACCCCAGGUCCUCUCUCUCUCUCUCUCUCUCUGGAAACCAGUUCUGAAGGAAGUAAGAACUCAUCACUCAGGACGUGCUAUCCUAACGAUAAUGCAUCCAGUAGAAGCGGCGGCACUGGGUGAACUUGUUAAUGCAGAGAUCCAAGAAGUAGAACAAACCAGUGAUGAGACAAACUCAGUAAAGGGAAUAACGGAAACUGAAAUCCAACGAGUUGAACAAAACAGUGAGGCAGACUCAGUCAAGGGAAAAGAAGUUACUACAACUAAGAGGCGAACCAAACCCCCACUCAAUUUCAUUGCGUUUUUGAAUGACGCAAAGAAAAAUAGCGAUAUCGACAUUUCUAUCCUUGAGGACCCUGACAAGCUGCGUGAUCUGCUCUAUGCUGGAGUGUUCUUAGAGCCGAAAAAACUUAAGUAUUUUGUUGACGAGAAGUUCAACAAGAAUUGCUUUGUAGUGUUUGCCCGAAAACUUGAUAUCUGUUGGUCUGACAAUUCUCAGUAUUGGAAUUGGACCGAAGAGAAAGAUACAAGUGGUGAAGAUAUUGAAGUGGCUGAGCUAUUACGUGUAUGUUGGUUAGAUAUUCAAGGGAAGAUUCAGACAAUGAAUCUCUCACUGCGAACUGUGUAUGAAGUUGUGUUUGUCGUAAAGAUAAAAGAUAAAUAUCAACACAACAUUUGGGAAGACUCGGAGACUCUCACCAUCAUUCUCCCACAUUCGAAAACUCUAACGCGCCUAGAAAAUUUAAGCAAAAAACCUUCAGGAAAUUGGAUUGAGAUCCAGGUGGGUGAGUUUGAAAUGUCACCGGAAAAUGUUGGAGAGAUGACGUUCAAACUGGAGCAACAUUCUACUAAUUGGAAGAGUGGGCUUCUUGUGAAAUGUGCCAUAAUUCGACCGAAGAACUAAUAGGCUAUUGGAUAGUAAGUUUUAUCCACGUAUCCAAAGCAAGGGACAAGAAAAUUAUUGUUUGUUCAUUCCUUUCACAUGUAUGAUAGAUUUCAUUAAUUAAAAUUUUCACC